AUGAGGAGGCAGACUGCAUGGGUUAUGUGGGUGUUAAAUUUCGUCAAUAUUUGUUCCGCAAAAUCGUUGUUGUUAUAUGACGGAUCACCAUUUCAUCCAACACCCGGAGUUCUUCUGAAGCUCGCUCAAGAUAUCGGGGUGUCCAUAUUCGGCACGUCUCCCAGGUAUCUUGCUGAGAUCAGAGCUCGCGGCAUUGUGCCUCGAAAUUCGUUCAACUUAGAACGUCUGAGAACGGUGACAUCUACCGGUGCUGCACUAUCUGCCGACAUGUACAACUGGUUUUACGAAACCGGAUUUUCUCCUCACGUUCAGCUUGUCUCAAUGAGUGGAGGAACCGAUAUUGCUGGAAGCUUUGUUGGAGGAAGUCCUUUGCUUCCUGUGUACGCUGGCGAGAUUCAGACCAAAGCGUUAGGCAUGGCCGUGGAAAUUUUCGACCCCUCCCAAGAUGCAGGUGUACCAGUUGAAUUGCGAGAUUUACCGGGCGAGCUUGUAUGCACUAGGCCAUUCCCAAGUCAACCUCUCGAAUUCUUUGGGGUCGGAGGCAAUGAGAGAUACCGAAAGUCGUACUUUGAGAGGUUCGGUGAUACGGUUUGGUGCCAAGGGGACUUUAUACAGUUCCAGAAAGAUACAGAAGGGUUGAUAAUGCUCGGAAGGUCGGACGGCGUCCUUAAUCCAUCCGGUGUCCGUUUCGGCUCAUCGGAGAUAUAUGCGGUGACUGAAGUAUUUCCUGAGAUCGAAGAUAGUAUCUGCGUUGGCCAGAGGAGAAAAUCUGAUAUCGACGAGCGGGUCCUCCUGUUUGUUAAGAUGAAGACGGGUCAAGCUUUCACUGCGGAUCUAGCAACAAGACUACAACUGGCGAUACGAAAAAGAUACUCAAGCCGUCAUGUACCGAAACAUGUCUUUGAAGUCGCUGAUAUUCCAUAUACUGUCAACGGAAAGAAGUGCGAGAUCAACGUUAAGCAAAUAGUUAGCGGGCAAGUGGGUGCCGUAAGUGGUACAGUAUCAAAUCCUUCCAGCUUAGACUUGUAUCGCGAAUAUGCGAACCUUCCCGUGGAAGGAGAGAAGAGUGAAGCGGGAUCAAGCAAGUUGUAG